UUUAUGGCUUCCAGCAAAUCCUAGGCAUGUCUGAGGACAUCCCCCUCUGGCCCUGCACCCUCCCUGCAAGCUCAUCCGGGCUGUUCCCUAUCCAAAAAACAGAGGAAAAAAACAAAACAGGCCCCUUCUGCUGGCAGGUCACUCCGUGAGGGUUUUGCAGCUGGGAGCCAGCGCGAGCACUCAGUGCUGCGGCAGACAUGAACGUGAAAACCGUGCUCAUCCUCCUCGUUCUGGCUUUGGCCACGAUAUUCGCCCUGGUCUGUGUGCUGCUGACCAGGGGAAGGGCUCCCAGCAUCUGCCAGCACCAGCGCCCGGAGCAGGAGGACACUGACGACGGCCAGAGCCUGGUUUUUGCUGAUCUGAGCCCGGAAGAAAUGGUCCAGGUGGUGCGGUACCUGCAGGAAAACCUCGGGGUGCCGCUGGUGGACGCCUCGCGUGCUUUGCCCUCCGACAACUGCAUCUCCUCGGUCGACGUGCAGGUCCCCGCCAAGGCGGAGGUGCUGCGGUUCCUGGACGGCGGGGGGCCCCGCCCCGCGCGGGAGGCGCUGGCCGUCCUGUACUUGGGUAACCAGCCGGACCCCAACAUCACCGAGUACGUGGUGGGUCCGCUGCCGACGCCGACCUACCACUGGGACGUCACGGUGCAGAAGUACGGGGGGAAGGUGCCGUACCACCGCCGCCCCGUUACCGCCAAGGAGUACGCGGACAUCGACGCGCUCCUGCGGCAGGAGCUGCGCCGGGCGCCGCGCUUCCUCGACGCCUGCUGCGAGUCGGACGGCAGCGACCUGGCUGCGCUCACUGCCGCCCCCCGCGGUUUCCAGUCCGGCGACCGCGACACCUGGUUCGUCUUCUUCCAGGCCGUGCCCGGCACCGGCUUCUUCCUCUCGCCGGUGGGGCUGGAGGUGCUGGUGGACCACGGGGACCUCGACGUCUCCCGCUGGCGCCUGCGCCAGGUCUUCUACAACGGCAGGUACUUCGCCAGCGUGGGGGCACUGGAGGCCGAGUUCACGGCCGGCUCGCUGCCCGUGGUCCGGAUCGAGAAGCCCGCGGCGGCAACGCUGGGCUCGAUGCGUCCCCAGCGCCCGCCCGGCCCCCCCGCGCCGCUGUCCUACGAGCCCCAGGGUCCCCGCUACCGCGUCCACCGCAACCGCGUCACCUUCCAGGGCUGGAGCUUCGCCUUCGGCAUGAGCCCCAGCUCCGGCCCCCGCCUCUUCGACGUGCGCUUCCGCGGCGAGCGGCUGCUCUACGAGCUGAGCCUGCAGGAGGCCUUGGCCCUCUACGGCUCCAACUGCCCCGGCGGCAUGUCGACCCGCUACCUCGACGGCAGCUUCGGCAUCGGCCGCUUUGCCUACGAGCUGGUGCGGGGCGUCGACUGCCCCUACCUGGCCGCCUACGUGGACCGGCACUACCUGGCCGAGGCGGACGCCCCCCGCGCCAACCGCGCCUCGCUGUGCGUCUUCGAGCACGACGCGGCGCUCCCGCUGCGCCGCCACUUCUCCGACGCCCACUCGGCCUACUACGGCGGGCUGCGGCGGACCGCCCUGGUCCUCCGCGCCGUCUCCACCCUCAUCAACUACGACUACGUCUGGGACUUCUUGUUCUACGCCAGCGGGGCGCUGGAGGUGCGGGCGCACGCCACCGGCUACAUCAGCUCCUCCUUCCUCCACGGCCGAGGCACCGACUACGGCAACAGGGUCGGGCCGCACACGCUGGGCACCAUGCACCUCCACCACUUCCACUACAAGGCGGACCUGGACGUCGGCGGGCAGCCGAACUGGCUGGAGACCCAGGACAUGGAGUACGAGCUGGUGCGGGACCCCUGGAGCGGGCGGCACACCGUGGAGCGGCCGGUGCUGCGCAAGGCGCGCCCGCAGCGGGAGGACGAGGCGGCCUUCCCCCUGGGCGGGCGCCUGCCCCGCUACCUCACCUUCGCCAGCGCCCAGCGCAACCGCUGGGGCCACCCGCGCAGCUACCGCCUGCAGAUCGCCAGCUCCCCCGGGGAGCCCCUGCCGCCCAGCAGCCGCCUGGAGCGGGCCCUCAGCUGGGGCAGGUACCAGCUGGCCGUCACCCGGCGCAAGGAAGAGGAGCCCGCCAGCUCCAGCGUCUACAACCAGAACGACCCCUGGACGCCCACCGUCGCCUUCGCCGACUUCAUUGACAACGAGACCAUCGCCGGCGAGGACCUGGUGGCCUGGAUUUCCCUGGGCUUCCUGCACGUCCCCCACGCCGAGGACGUCCCCAACACGGCGACGGUGGGCACCAGCGUCGGCUUCAUCCUCCGGCCCUACAACUACUUCGACAAGGACCCCUCGGCCGACUCCCCCGACAGCGUUUACCUCGGGGGCGAGCGGGACGCGGGGGGCUGCAGCGCCCACCCCCUGGGCUGCUCGACCGCGGCAGCCGCCUGCGCCCCCCACCUGCCCCCCUUCCGCUACGGCGGCUUCCUCAACCUCAGCCUCAGCAUGCUGCCGCCGCAGCCCUGACCCCCUCCUGCCGCCCUGCGGGUGCCCCCGGCGCCUGCCCCCCCCCCGACCCCCUGCUGCACCCCGCGCUGCAGCGUCGGGUUUGCCGAGGGGCUCCGCUCCCCUUUCGGCACUGCUGCAUCACCCCGGGCCCGGGAGGCGGCCCCGAACCCCUGCAAAACGGUGCCUCGAGGUGCCCGGGGGGCCGGGCACAGGCCGGGGCUCCUGCCGCCUCGCCAACGUCGGGCGGGCGCCCGGGGCUGCGGAUGCAGCUUGGGUGCCGCUCCGGGACGCUGCCCCCGGCGUCCGCCUGUGCCCAGCCGCCCUCGCAGCCCUGCAGCGCGCGGAGCCUGUCCGCGGGGCCAGACGCGGGUCGCUGCAGCCGGGCGCCCAGGGCUGCGUGCUGCCCUCGCAGCGCCGACAGCUCCUGCAAGCAGCCCCGAGCGAGAUGUCCCCGCUGCCCCCAGGUGCUGGGGUGAAGCCGGGCCCCCCCCACAUCACCCCCACCCUGGGCCGGGCACGGGGACGGCGUGCCGGGAGCUGGCCGGGGCCCCCGCUGCAGCACCGGGGUGGCUGGCGGUCCAGGGCCCCCCAGCGCUGCCGCGGACCUCUUGCAAUAAACGGGCACCCGGGUGCGUUUCCCAA